CUAGACUAGAAAUAAUUGUCUGGAAUCAAAAUCGGAAAUUUAUGUCUGAAUAAAAUCUAGAAUCUAAAACACAAACUGAGAUAUAUAACUGGAAGACAAAACUAUUCAGAACCGCCUCUUUGCCCUAAAGUAAAGAAAAAGAAAACUCUCUCUCUCUCUCUCUCUCUCUCUGGCGGAGGAAGACAAACCAAAACCCUCAAAGAGCAAAAAAAAAACAGCAAGUGAUUGAUCGGAGAUCGGGGGAUCAACUCUCCGACGACGUUGUCCUUGUUGUCGUGGUAGAUUAGAUAAACACCCUCUCGCAAUCAGUCUCAUGAACCUCUCUUGGAAUCUGUAGAUCAAGUGUGUGAUGGGGAGUAGCGAUGAGCGAAACAGUAAGGCGAUUGAUGCCUCCGUUGGAGGUUUGGUUUGGGUCCGACGCCGUAACGGGUCUUGGUGGCCGGGUCGGAUCAUGGCUCAUCACGAGGUUCCUGAUGAUACCAUCGUUUCUCCCAAAUCAGGCACACCUAUUAAGCUUCUAGGUCGUGACGAUGCUGGCGUGGAUUGGUAUAAUCUUGAAAAGUCCAAGAGGGUGAAGGCGUUUCGUUGUGGGGAGUAUGAUGCUUGUAUUGAGACUGCUAAGGCUACUGCCACUGGUGCUAGUAAGAAGCCUGUCAAGUACGCUCGACGUGAAGACGCCAUUGUCCAUGCUCUCGAGAUCGAGAGUGCCCUCCUUGUUGGAAAAGAUGAGAAGCCAAGCACGUCUUCUGACUCGACUGAUGCGGCAAAGACUGAAGGUGCCUUGCAGUCUAGUGUGUCUUGCGAAAAGACUAGUAAUGGCGAGUCGUCAAAGGUGCAGCCUUUGUCAGGAAAGAGGAGGAAAAGAACACCUAAUGACUCGGAAGUUGAUGGGAGUGAUGAAGGGAACAAACGAAUGAGAGGGCUUGAGGAUCUUGGAGUUGGUACAAUAGGAUCAAACGGAGAGGGUAAUAAGCAGGAAAAUGGAUUGGUUAGUGAUGAAGAAGACAUCAGUGAUUCUAUGCCGAAUGGGGUUCUUGCAAAUGGUACUAGCAGGGGUAGCUCUCCGGCGAUGAAAGGUAAAAGGUCACCAGCUGUAACUGCUAUGGCUUCUGUUGCUGUCUCAGAAAACAAAGAUUCUGCUGUAGUCAACAAUGAUAACUUGGACAGCAAUGGGGUUUCAUGUGACAAUGAUGAUGUUUCAUUAAAUGCUUCUGAGAAUGUUGCUGAAGUGAUGAUACAUAACAAUGCAAAAGAGACUGAAAUCUCCAGCAUAUCAGUUUCGGCAAAGGAUGAAGUAUUUGAUGUUCCGCUACUUGGAGAAGAUAAAUACUCUGCAGGUACUUUGGCGGCAGCUUUCACAUCUUCACACACGAAAGCUCUAGCUCUUGUUUCUGAACCAACGAGGCAAUGUGAUGAUGUGGUGAAAACGGAAGGAUGUAAUGGAUUUGUUUGUGUAAGUCCAUCUGCUUUACUUAUCAAUGGGAUUGAGGAUAUCACUUCCAAGUGGCAGAUAAAAGGGAAAAGGAACCCAAGGCAGAUGAGUAAAAAACAAGAGGAAAGAAGACUUGCUUACGCCGAAGAAGCCAACAACAAUUCUCUGCCUCACUGUUCUCUCUCUGAUCAAAAUCCGCAUGGUCAUUUCAGCGGUAUGGGAAGAAACUCUCAUCUGUAUGACGUGAAGAUCGAGGAAAAAGGUAGCUACAAACCCAGAAACGUCCCGAUGAUUUCCCUUAUGAGUAAACUGGACGGUGAAGCUAUCGUCGGUCAUCCUCUAACCGUUGAAGUGCUUCAAGAUGGAUCGUGUGACCGCAUUUUGUGCAGUCAUAUCAAGUCGCUUGUUGUUCCAAUGGUUGCUGGUGAUGUGAAGCCGAAGCCAUCUUGGAAGAAUAAAUCCAAGAAAAAGAAACCACACAUUCCUCCGCACAAAUCAUCAAAGUCAAAGAAAGCUUCGUCCCUAUCCGUAAAGACAAGGUGCCUCUCUGCUCUAAGUGGCCAGAAGCUGACAGUGAGUAGCAAGAAGAAAGUGAUGAUUGAGAAGAUGAAAGAGGGGAUUGUGUCUUGCAUCCCUCUGAAAGUAGUCUUCAGUAGGAUAAACGAAGCAGUGAAGGGGUCAGCGAGACAAGUACAUAGAGCAUUGCCAUCUUCAGGCAAUAAUACUACCUGAUGAGAUGAGUUUGGUCCUCCCUGGUUUGAUUUCGCCUCUAUUUCUCGUCUUUUCUUUUUUUCUUAUUGACUCAGGUUUAAGAUGAAACUAGCCCGGUUUUAGCGAGCUGGAUGGGUAUUACUGUAUAGUACAGAGAUAUCUUAGUCCUUGUGAGACAGAAAGAGAGAAAAGAAUGUGGAAGUGGAUGUGUGUAUAUGUAAUUAUAUUAGACAUAGCAAUUGGUGGUGGGAGGUGUAAUAUUAAAAGAAACAAAAAAAAAGAUAAACUCAGAAUAGGUGGAAGAAGACAUUGUUGCUCAUUUACUCAACUUAACAUUUCAAGGAUUGCUUUAGUCUUUUUCCAGAUAAACUCAGAUUGUUUGUUGUAGCUCUUAAAGGUUCUUGUCAAACUCAGAUGGAAAAGAAACUAUUUAUUGCUAUUUGGUUCUUUUUAUGUCUGCAUUAUAUUCAGACACACCAUCUCUACUUGGGUGUGUGGCUGGCUAUGUUUAUUGCAUCUUUGUGGACCCAACUCUAUUCUUAAAUGUGUUUGGUCAAUGGUUUGGCAAAACCGGAUCAUAGAAAAGUCAUAUUACAAGUUCUUUAACUAGAACAGAUAAAAUAAGAAAAACAUCUAGAUUCCAUUUGGGAAGUGACAGGAAGAGAAGAAUAUGCGUUGACAAAGUCAAACGCAAUGAAACAAGACAUGAUCCUUCGCUUACACGUCUUUUACCUUAAAGCCAAAGCAAACCAUAAUAUGUCCAAUAACUUGUAAGACUAUCUUUCUUAUGUCUGCGCCUAAGCUCUAUUAUAAAGUCUCUUCACAACUCAACGAUUAUAGCAAUUCUUAAUUUUCCAUUUCAAGAUCUCUGACAUGUCUGUGAAGAGACAGGCUUCAGAGAGAAAGAACAAUGGAAGCAACAAGUCGAGUUAUUAUCGAUGCUUGUCAUUCUCGUUCAUGGAGUCAUCAACGGAUGGGAAGAAGAAACCAUCAUCUUUGAGUCGUAUGGAUUCUAAAAAGCUGAAGGAAGGUAUUGUGAAGUGGGCAAAGCGUGUUGCGGCUUACGCUCGUCAACUUAGCUCAAGAAAACGUAAUUAAGACGGAAGAUGAAAGCUUUUUGGAAGAUUGAUCAUGUUCUUGUUGAAGUCAACUACUUUCUUUUUUUUUGUCCUUUUGUAGAUAAGCAAGUUUUAUUCAAAUAAUAUUUCAAGUCGGUUCGUGAAAGGAGAAA